UGUAAUUUAUUAAAAAUGCGUGAAAUCGUUCAUAUUCAAGCCGGUCAGUGCGGCAACCAGAUUGGAGCCAAGUUUUGGGAAGUCAUAUCCGACGAACACGGCAUUGACCCCACCGGCGCAUAUCACGGAGACUCAGACCUCCAGCUAGAAAGAAUAAACGUUAACUAUAAUGAAGCAACAGGUGGUAAAUAUGUUCCUAGAGCCAUUCUUCUGGACUUGGAGCCUGGCACAAUGGAUUCUGUACGGUCAGGACCUUUCGGACAAUUAUUUAGGCCCGACAAUUUUAUUUUCGGCCAGAGUGGAGCUGGAAACAACUGGGCCAAAGGACACUACACAGAAGGCGCCGAGCUCGUCGACACAGUCCUUGACGUAGUCAGGAAAGAAGCCGAGAGCUGCGACUGUCUUCAGGGGUUCCAGCUUGCACACUCCCUUGGUGGUGGAACCGGUUCCGGAAUGGGAACCCUUCUCAUCUCCAAAAUCAGAGAGGAAUAUCCAGACAGAAUCAUGAACACAUUCAGCGUUAUGCCAUCUCCUAAAGUAUCAGACACCGUUGUCGAGCCCUACAACGCCACCCUCUCAGUGCAUCAGUUGGUUGAAAAUACCGACGAGACGUACUGCAUAGACAACGAGGCUCUAUACGACAUCUGCUUCCGCACACUCAAACUGACCACCCCCACCUAUGGCGAUCUCAACCACCUCGUAUCCGUUACCAUGUCUGGAGUGACCACCUGCCUCAGGUUCCCCGGUCAACUGAACGCCGAUCUCAGAAAACUAGCAGUCAACAUGGUGCCUUUCCCACGAUUGCACUUCUUCAUGCCCGGAUUCGCCCCUCUCACCUCCAGGGGCAGCCAACAGUACCGCGCUCUAACAGUUCCCGAACUGACACAACAAAUGUUCGACGCCAAGAACAUGAUGGCGGCCUGCGACCCCCGCCACGGCAGGUACCUGACCGUGGCCACCAUUUUCCGAGGCCGCAUGAGCAUGAAGGAAGUGGACGAGCAGAUGCUCAACGUGCAGAACAAGAACAGCAGCUACUUCGUCGAAUGGAUCCCCAACAACGUCAAGACGGCAGUCUGCGACAUCCCACCCAGAGGACUCAAGAUGUCUGCCACCUUCAUCGGCAACAGUACCGCCAUCCAGGAGCUCUUCAAGAGGAUCUCAGAACAAUUCACGGCUAUGUUCCGAAGAAAGGCUUUCUUACAUUGGUACACCGGAGAGGGCAUGGACGAAAUGGAAUUCACAGAAGCAGAAUCGAACAUGAACGACCUCGUAUCCGAAUACCAACAGUACCAAGAGGCUACAGCCGACGACGAAGGCGACUUCGAAGACGAAGAACAAGCCGUUGGAGAAACAGCCUAAAAUCCCCCCCCCCCCAAAAAAAAAAGAACUUAAAUCCUAACCUAGAGACUUUCUAAUUCCAAGAACAUUCCAACGAUUACUUUUUUAUUGUUUGUGUCGAGCAAUUUUCAGAAAAGAAUGCGCAUUAUUUUCUAAUAAGCACAUGUUCUGUAUCCUUAAAUUGCACUGGUUUAAUUUCUAAUGAAUUUUCGCGGAAGCGAAGAUUUUGCAUUGGAAACUAACUUGUUAGAUUAAUUUUUAUUUUGACCUUUACACUUGGUUCAAACUCUGUCUAUAAUAUUUAAAGUUAUUUUUUUUACUUUUGAUUUAUUAACAUUCUGUUCUUUGCUCUAGGAUGAUUUAUUUCAAAGUUGUUCCAACUCCUCUGUAAAUCCAUUUUUUCUAAAUAAUAAAAAAAAGGCUGUUAUCAA